UUGAAGCUUCUGCUGCGUUUGAGUCAAGUUUAUAGUUGUAUUUAUAAAGUGUAUGAUGAGGAGGAGGAGGAUCCAUCUGCACACUGCGGCUCCUCUCUCAUAAUCUCAUCCUGUUUCUCUUCAUGAGGAUGAAAACUCAACAUCGCCUUUUUACUUGGAGCAACUUGAUCAUGUCGUGAGGGCAGAUGGGACAACUGUGUCGUUAUUUCCCUCAGUCAUCCUCCUCGGAUUCUGCUGCGUCUGGUUUUAUUUUCCUCUGCAGAUUUUAUUUUAACUCCUGAGAGGAGCGGCCCAUAAAACAAGGCAGAGGCGUCCUGUUAACAUAUUUAUUCGGAUAUUUUUUUUAAAUUUUAUUUGUUGUAUUAAUUUUCAAGGAUGUGUUUACGGUCCUGAUCUGGAGGAUUAUUGCAGAAUAUUGUUGGUGGCUUACAUGUAGCGGAGACAGAGGCUCUGUGUAUUUCUGAGGGAUUCAUCAGAAGCUUAUAUAAGAAGAUCCGUCAUGUAUGCAGGACGCAAGAGGAGAAAACCGGUGCAGAGAGCGGUGAAGCAGGCACCGGCUGAAGGGGCCAAGUCCAACCCGUCCAAACGUCACAGAGACCGGUUGAACGGGGAGCUGGAGCGGUUGGCCAGCCUGCUGCCUUUCCCUGAGGAGGUCACCGCCAGUCUGGACAAACUCUCCAUCCUCCGCCUGAGUGUCAGCUACCUGCGAGCCAAGAACUUCUUCUCUGUCGCCCUGAACGGAGUGACUCCAGCCGGUGGGAACGAUGACGACAGCAAAACAGCGGGAGCCGUGGAGACCAAGAUUCCUGAAGGCGAGCUGUUGCUGCAGGCUCUCAACGGGUUUGUCAUGGUUGUCACAGCCAGCGGGACCAUCUUCUACUCCUCUCACACCAUCCAGGACUACCUGGGCUUCCACCAGACGGAUGUCAUGCACCAGAGUGUGUAUGAACUGGUCCAUACGGAGGACCAGCAGGAGCUCAGGAGAAACUUGCACUGGGCUUUGAAUCCUCCCCCUGCUUCUGCACCUGCCAUCACCCAGGACUCCCCCCAAGAGAUGGAACCAGACAGCAGCUCAUCUGUGGUCACCUACAACCCUGAACAGCUUCCCCCAGAGAACUCAUCCUUCCUGGAGAGGAGCUUUGUGUGUCGCUUUCGCUGCCUACUGGACAACUCCUCUGGCUUUCUGGCUUUGAACAUCCAGGGCAGACUUAAGUUUCUGCACGGACAGAACCAGCGGCAAGAAAACGGAGGAAAGGCCCCGUCUCAGCUCGCCCUGUUCGCCAUCGCGACUCCUCUGCAGCCCCCGUCCAUCCUGGAGAUCAGGACCAAGAACAUGAUCUUCAGAACUAAACACAAGCUGGACUUCACGCCGCUGGCCUGUGACGCAAAGGGGAAGAUCGUGCUGGGGUACACAGAGGCUGAACUGCGGGUACGAGGAUCCGGGUAUCAGUUCAUCCAUGCAGCAGAUAUGUUGUACUGCGCAGAGAAUCACGUCAGAAUGAUGAAGACUGGAGAAAGUGGUCUGACUGUGUUCAGGCUCCUCACAAAGGAGAACCGCUGGAAAUGGGUCCAGGCCAACGCCAGGCUGGUGUACAAGAACGGCAAACCAGACUACAUCAUCGCCACCCAGAGGCCCCUCCUGGACGAAGAGGGAGGAGAACACUUGCGUAAGCGCUCCAUGCAUCUACCCUUUACCUAUGCCACAGGUGAGGCCCUGCUCUACCAGUCCAACCAUCCCAUAGCAGCCUUCAGAGACGGAAGUCAUGAGAAAAAUGGCAGUAAGUCAAAGAAGAGCCGGACUGAAAGGCUAGUGAGGGAUGGUCUGGACCCCGGCUCUCUUCUAGGGGCGCUCAUGAGCCAGGACGAGUCGGUGUAUGUUUGCCAGCCCGCUCUGGAGCCUAAAAUGUCGUUCCAUAGCUUCUUUGGAGACCAGAUGGGCUUCUCUGACUCUGAGCCCUCCAGCAUCCACAGGAGCUGGGACGAGCCGAGUAAUGGCGUGCUGGGUGCAGGCGUCACAGAGCCCAGCACCAGCUUUGACCCUCUGCUGGCUACGUUGGACUCCCUCUCCCUGGAAGGCCAUGGGAUUGUGGAUGCAGAAGAGAGCGGGUGUUCAAACGGCGAGCUGUUUGGGGCUCUGGAGGGGCUGGGGCUGAGUGCUGAGGACCUGGAGCUGCUGCUGCUGGAUGAGCGGAUGAUCAGAGUUGAGAUGGACCCUGAACGUGUGCCCACCUUGGACGACCUGCUGACAAACGACGAGAUUCUUUCGUACAUCUAUGACUCCAUCGAGGGGAAGACUGAUUCCACAGAGCAUGGAGGACAGGCGCCUCCCAGUACUGCCUCAGCGACUGCCACCACGGUGUCACUACCUGAAAGUAAUGCCACUUCUGACACUAAUGUGCAAAUGCAGUUUCCUCACCAUAAGCCUCCCCUGGUGGGGUCGGCUCCCAUCGUGCAGCUGUCCCAGCAGAUGCAGCAGCACCUCAACAUGCGACCAGGUAAAGUGGCGCAUGACUGGGGCCAGCAGAGCGACCAUUUGGCUAACACGAUAGCGAACGGAGAGCUGUUGGGCCAAAAUCAGUCGCUCCCCAACGGACAGUGGACAGCCCAGGACAUUCUGGUCAGUGCAGGAAUACAACUGGGACACUUUAACACACAACAGACUGUUUUCAAUGGCAAGGCCUCGGAGCUGGAUGGACAGCUUCAGCAGCAGCAAACACAUCAACACUUCCUUCAGCAGCAGCAGCAGCAACCCAGGAUGCAGAACCACUUCUCACAGCAGUGCCAUGCCAAACAGAAGGCAGCCAACCUCAACGGACUGUGCGGCGUCUCCAGCACGGAGCACCCAGCAGGGAAAUCCCAGUGGCAGGACUUUGGAUUCAGCGAGAGUCUGGGCAGCAACUCCUGCCUUGAUAACGGCCAAAAACCUCUGACAAACACCUCACUAGAUUCUUGCAUGGAUUUUAGCAUGCCUGAUAUUGACAAUGCGGAUUUCACGAUCAGUGGAAGUGGUUUGUUUGGGCGGAGUGAACAGCAGCUCGGGGCCGAGUCCACGGUUUCAUCCUUCCAGGGGGUGAACCAUAAACGGCAGCAGGAGCAGAUCCCAGUUCCUUUGGCUCAGGUCAUCUCCAGCCUGUCGCAGUGCCCUCCCCCCAACGCCUCCCUGGAGCAGAUCCUCGGAGUGGCCAAGCCGUGCCGGCAGCUGGACCACUAUGGCAUGGUGACCUCUGAGAUCCCUCAUGACCCCAGUCCCAAUAAGAUGGAGAAUGGCUGCAUCCUGAACAGUACUUACCCAGGAGGCUGCGCUCUGCCCAAUAGAAACGGAGUGGCGCCCCCUACUGUCCAGAUGCCCGUACCUGAGACCUUGUCCAGCCUCCCUGACCCGCCAGCCACCGGCUUCUACCUCUGACCAGCUGACCAGGACCAGUCAUGCAGCAGGACUCUGUGAACGGCCAGAAACACACAAUGACUGGACCAGCCUUAUACUAGAUAACACAACAAACAAAGCUGAAUAAACGUAGGCCUAUAUGUUUUUUUUCUUUCUUUUGUUUCCAAUUUGUAAUUUUUUUUUUUCAAGUCAUAUUAUCAUAUGAGUCCUUUGUUUACAAUAAUGCAGUCAAGAGUGCUCAGUGGAGUCUAUUUUAAGUAAUACAGAGAGGUUGAUGUGAGUUUUUCAAGAUGAGUUUCACAAAUCUGCAUUCAGAUACAACACGAAGCAGAAUUUAGAAGAUUAUAUGAAAUUUUAUUCAACAUUUAAAUCUAAAAUCCCAUCAUUUCAUGCAGCAGUUUGUUACAUUUUGUACGCAGGAAGAAAUGUCUUCAAAAAAAUCAGAUGUACUUGGUUAAUACUGGGUGUUACUGGUGAAACAGACACUAGUUUACUAGUGGAUGCUGAAUAUAGACCAGUAGGAGAUAUUUUAAUAGCUCAGUCAAUCAACAGAAAAUUAUCGAUUAAUCAUCUUAGUCAUUUUCCAAGUAGAAAUACCAAACAGUCACAGGUCCAGCUUCUCAGAUAUCAGGAUUUGCUGCUUUUUUUCGUCCUAUAUUGAAUUAAAUUGAACAUCUUUGAGCGUUAGACUGUCGGUCAGAGACAUCUGAGGACAUCUUGUUCGGUUCUGUUGAAUUGAGUCCAGCAUUUUUCAACAUUUUCAGCAUUUUAGAGAUGAAACAAUUCUGCUCUACACAGGGUACCAGCAGUAACUAGGAUCUCAGUUUUUCGACAGUCCAGCCAAAUGUGAUAUAGUUAGAAAAGUGGUAAUGCACUUGGUAAUUUUUAUGCUUAAACCCCCUAUCAAUGAUUUGACCUAUGACCCUAGAAAUGCACUAAAACUGUGUGGUUACUGCAGUCUGCAUUUAUAUUACCUUUAACAGCUACCCUUCUGUGUGGAGUUUGCAUGUUCUCCCCGUGUCAGCGUGGGUUUCCUCCAGGUACUCCAGCUUCCUCCCACAGUCCAAAGACAUGCAGGUUAAUUGGUGACU